AUGGAUAUUAUAAAGGGAAACUUAGAUGGAAUUUCAAAACCAGCCUCAAAUUCAAGGACACGUCCUGGGAGCCAAAGUUCAAAUGCUUCUUUGGAGGUGCUCUCACCAGAACCAGCAUCCUUCAAGGUUGAUACUGCAAUCAAUUUGAACUCUGGUAAAGAAGCCCACUCAGAAAGCAAUAAUGCAGAGAAAAGUAGAAACAGUAAUGAUAAUAAAGGGGAAAGCUACUCUGAGAAAAUAAAAUUGCCUGAAGAGGGGUCAGAUGAAGAUUCGAACUUGGGUCAACAUCAGAUAGUCCCUGAAUGUUCAGAUGAAUUUGAAUUAAAAGAAUUAGAUUUUCAGCUUCGGGAUGCUAUUCGGAAGAUGAAGAGGCUUGACAAGAUAUUGGUGAAGAGACAAUACAGAGAAAAAGAAAUUAAGAAGCAAGGUCUAGAAAUGAGAAUAAAGCUGUGGGAGGAACUUAAGUCUGCAAAAAAUGGUGAAGUUUUGCAAAGUAAUGAGGAGAUGGAAAAUACAAAAAAGUUUCUAGCUUUGACUGCUGCAUCAGAAGAAACUGUUGAUCCUUCUUGUAACAAGCAUGAAGAUACCUUUUUCUCGGUGUUUCACACUCAAGUUCCACCAGAAAACUAUGAAAAUCAUAUACAGAAUGUCAAACAAGAUUUUACCUAUGAUGUGGAAAGAAAUGAGUCAAUGAUCAAAGAAGAAAAUAAACCUUUCUCAAAUACAGAAAAGAUUGAGCUCAGGGGUAAACACAGCCAGGAUUUUAUUAAGCGAAACAUUGAGUUGGCCAAGAAUUCGGGAAAACCAGUGGUUAUGAUUGACAGAGAAAAGGAAAAGCUGGUUGAACUUUUGAAGGACUUAGACGAUAGUGAUUCAGGGCUGUCCAGUUCUGAGGGAGGUCAGUAUGGCUGGCUGGUCCCGGGAGAAGGAUACACGCUUGCAGUCACCCAGCAUCAGCAGCUUGCUGAAAUUGAUACAAAACUCCAAGAACUUUCUGCCAUCUACCCAACAAUUUUCAGCUCUUCUCCAAGACCAGAACAUCAGAAUGUUAAGAAACCUGACCUUAAUGGUGAUGAUAGAAAUACAGAAGUAACUCCAGGAGAAAAGGUUCUUCAAAACACCAAAGAACAACGGGAUCAGCAGAAUCGGUUGAGAGAAAUAGAUGAAAAGCUAAGAAAGAUGAAGGAAAAUGUGUUAGAUUCAACAUCACUUCUCUCUGAGGAGCAGUUAAGGUGUCUUCUGGAUGAAUGCUCGUUCAAACAAAAGUCCACAGUUAGACUGUCUCCAGAAAGAGAAGAGAAAGACAUUGAGGAUAUAACACCUGAGUUCCCCCAACUUUCUGGAUCUAUUCUGUCUGAGUCAUUAAACAGGUCGAAAACAAAGGUUAGAAGCACUGAAGUGGAGGACAUAAAUGUGCCCAAGAAUGGACAAUGUGAAACAUCCAGAGGCUACUUUCUCACCAAAGCCUUGACUGGGCAUCACUCGUCACCAGCUCUUCUCCUUGAAGCAGAGAAUGUGAAGUGCCUGCAGUUUUCUGAGGACAAGGUUAUUGGUGAUGCAGAAGACUACUUUAUGUCUAAGACUCUGGGCAUUGGGAGACUGAAAAGGCCCUCUUUCUUGGACGAUCCACUGUAUGGCGUCAGUGUGAGCCUUUCGUCUGAAGACCAACAUGUGAAACUCAGCCCUCCAGAGAAACUCAAACCAGGAACAGAACUGGGCUUUGAAAAGGAUUCAAUAAAUGGCAUUUAG